AUGGAUGAUCCACUAACACUCAGAGAUGGAGAUUAUUCUCCAGGAUUCAGAUCAGUUCAUCAAAAUAGAUCAGACUCACUUGAGAUCAGCUGUGUGUCUGUGAAGAGUGAAUGGUCUAUGGGAAAACCACCAGAAUUUAAGGCUCGAGACACAUCACCUGAUCAGAGAUCAGUUCACCAGAAGAGAUCAGACUCGCCUGAGAUCAGCUGUGGGUCUAUGAAGAGUGAUUGGUCUAUGGAAAAACCACCAGAAUUUAAGGCUCGAGACACAUCACCUGAUCAGAGGUACAACAUCCUCAACACAUUCAGGUCAAAGUUGAAAAAGAAGUUUGAGAGGUUGUGUGGAGGAACAUCAGAUGAGAGAAACCCAACACUGCUGAAUGAGAUCUACACAGAGCUCUACAUCACAGAGAGUGAAAGUGGAGAGAUCAGUAAUCAACAUGAAGUGAGACAGAUUGAGACACAAUCCAGGAGAACAGCAACAGAGGACACACCAAUCAAAUGCAAUGACAUCUUUAAAGCUUUACCUGCACAAGACAAACCCAUCAGAAGUGUGCUGACAAAGGGAGUCGCUGGCAUUGGAAAAACAGUCUCUGUGCAGAAGUUCAUUCUGGACUGGGCUGAAGGGAAAGAGAAUCAGGACGUCCACCUCAUAUUUCCAUUUCCUUUCAGAGAGAUCAAUCUGAUGAAGAAUCAAACACUCAGUCUUUUAGAUCUUCUUAAUCUUUUCUUCCCAGAGACAAAAGAAAUGGAAAUCUCCAGUGGUGAAUAUAAACUGUUGUUCAUCUUUGAUGGUUUGGAUGAGUGUCGUGUUUCUCUGGAUUUUCACAGCAGUGUGAGGUUGUGUGAUGUCAGUGAAUCAGCCUCAGUGGACGUGAUGCUGACAAACCUCAUGAAGGGGAAUCUGCUUCCCUCUGCUCUCAUCUGGAUCACCUCCAGACCAGCAGCAGCUGAUCUCAUCCCCUCUAAAUGUGUUGAUCGAGUCACAGAGGUACGAGGCUUCUCGGACAACCAGAAGGAGGAAUACUUCCGCAAGAGAAUCAGUGAUGAGAGUCUGGCCAACCGAAUCAUCUCACACCUGAAGUCAUCCAGGAGCCUCCACAUAAUGUGUCACAUCCCAGUUUUCAGCUGGAUUUCAGCCACUGUUCUAGAGAGAAUGUUCAGUGAAGCAGAGAGUGAAGGAGAGAUCCCAAAGACUCUCACUCAAAUGUACACACACUUCCUGAUCAUUCAGACAAACAUCAAACAUCAGAAGGACUAUGAGAAUAAACAGAAGAAUGAUAAAGAAAUCAUCUUGAAACUGGCCAAACUGGCUUUUGAGCAGCUUGUGAAAGGUAAUGUGAUCUUCUAUGAUGAGGACCUGAGAGAGUGUGGCAUUGAUGUAGCAGACGCAUCAGUGUACUCAGGAUUGUGCACUCAGAUCUUCAGAGAGGAGUUUGGCUUAUAUCAGGGGAAAGUUUACUGCUUUGCACAUAUGAGCAUUCAGGAACAUCUAGCAGCUCUUUAUGCUCACACCACCUUUAUAAACAACAACACAAAUGUGUUCAAAACAAUGAACAAAGUAACUAAUAUUAAGAAGUUCAAAUCAAUAUUGUGUCAUAGAGCUAAAGAUAAUCUUUCAAUAUCUGACCUGCAUCAGAGAGCUGUAAAUGAGUCUCUUCGGAGUAAAAAUGGACAUCUGGAUCUUUUUCUUCGUUUUCUUCUGGGUUUGUCGGUGGAGUCUAAUCAGAAUCUUCUACAGGGUUUGAUGCCACAGACAGUAAGAAGUUCUCACAGCAAUGAGAAAACAGUCGAGUAUUUCAAGAAGAAGAUCAGGAGCAAUUGCUCUCCAGAGAAAUCCAUAAAUCUGUUUCACUGUCUGAAUGAACUGGGUGAUAAUUCACUAGUGGAGGAAAUCCAACAUCAUCUGAAAUCUGGAACAUUAAAUCAAUCCAAACUCUCUUCAUCUCAGUGGUCGGCGGUAGCUUUUGUGUUGUUGACAUCAGAACACGAGCUGAAAGAGUUUAAUAUCACUGAUUUUGUUAGAGGAGAAAACAAUCAUGAAAAACUGAAAGUUAUUAAGAAUAUGCUGCCUGUGAUUUGUGAAUCCAGAUCAGUUCAGUUGAGUCGGUGUAAUAUCACAGAUGAAGGUUGUAUUGCUCUGACUUCAGCUCUGAGAUCAAACCCCUCACACCUGAGACAUCUGAAUCUGUAUGAAAAUAAUUUAGGAGCUUCAGGAGUGAAGCUGAUCUCUACUGUACUGGAGAAUCCUCAAUGUAAACUGGAUACACUGGAGUUGAUCUGGUGUAAUAUCACAGAUGAAUGUUGUAUUGCUCUGACUUCAGCUCUGAGGUCAAACCCCUCACACCUGAGAAAUCUGAAUCUGACUUAUAGUAAUGUAGGAGAUUCAGGAAUGAAGCUGAUCUCUACUGUACUGGAGAAUCCUCAAUGUAAACUGGAGACACUGGAGUUGAGAUGGUGUAAUAUAACAGAUGAAGGUUGUUUUGCUCUGACUUCAGCUCUGAGGUCAAACCCCUCACACCUGAGACAUCUGAAUCUGUCUCAUAAUAAUGUAGGAGAUUCAGGAUUGAAGCUUCUCUUUGAGCUGAGAGAUGAUCCACAUUAUAAACUAGAGACAGUGGGGACUCACAGGUUACAGUAA